GUGCGCCGUCAAGUCGGGAAUCAAAAUGGCGACGUAAAGAUGGGACGAGGUUACUGGAAAGCAAUAUUUGGGAAAUAGUGCGAUGUCUCGGUUGGCUGACUACUUCGCCAUUGUUGGAUAUGAUCACGAGAAAGAUCGAAGUGGCAGCAGCUGUGGCAAGGUGAUCCAGAGAUUCCCGGAGAAGGAUUGGGACGACUGUCCAUUCACACAGGGCAUAGAACUGUUUUGUCAGCCAACAGGAUGGUCUCUCUCCACUCAGAGACAACAGCCCUCCUUCUACGUCGCUGUUUUGACCGACAUCGAUGCGGACCGCCACUACUGUGCGUCCUUCACUUUCUACGAGACCAUCGCCAUGACACCCACCCACCCCGACGACCAAGACGGGGACGACCAAGAACCCAACAUGGUUCAUCAUUCACUCAUGUUCGCACCCAAAAGUCUCGUACUGAUGUCCAGGCUCGACUACUUCGAAGCUUUCAGGAAUUGUCUGGGGCUCAUCUACACAGUGUACAUGGAGAACCUGCAGGUGCAGCUGGAGACAAUCGUGGGCAACAUCCUGGGCUGUGUGCAGGUGCCCCCUCCAGGUGGCCCCCAGGUGCGGUUCUCAAUAGGGGCAGGUGAUCGGCAGGCACUCCAGCCCCCUCUAAGUUCAACACUACCAGUAACAAAAUCUAAUGUUGCCCUCGUAUUCGACCAGCUGGGGAUCAACAACGCAAUGACCGUUUUCACAGCAGCCUUGACCGACCACAAGAUCCUGUUCCACUCAUUCAGCUACUCUCGGCUCACAGCAACAGCCCAUGCCUUUGUGUCUCUCAUGUACCCACUCAGAUAUAGCUAUGUGUACAUCCCCAUCCUCCCAGUGUCCCUGCUGGAGGUGCUCAACACACCCACUCCUUUCAUUGCGGGUGUACACUCAUCCCUGCGCAAUGACGUCGUUGAUUUGGUAGGUCACCUGGAUGUGAUAAUUGUUGACUUGGAUGGAGGCAGUGUGAGGAUUCCUGAAUGUGUCAACAUCCCCAGCAUCCCAGAUCCCAUCAUGAAUCGGUCCAUGAGAGCUUUAACCAUGAUUCAAAAUACGGAAUUACUGAGCGCUGACUAUGCAUUUCCUCCAUCACCACGGAAACCCUCCCCUGCUACACAGAGAGACAAGGAGAUCCGGGCUGUGUUCAUCCGCAUGUUUGCAGAUAUCUUCACUGGUUAUCGUUCUUGUCUCACCAUCAUCCGUAUCCAUCCUGAACCUUUCAUCACGUUUCAUAAGGCCAGUUUUUUAGGUCAGCGAGGUAUGGUUGAUGAUGAUUUCAUCCUGCGUGUGCUGGACGGGAUGGGCUUCGGUGCAUUCGUGGCCGAGAGGGGUCCACCCUACAGAGUCUGUGAUAUUUUUGAUGAGGUGUAUGCAACUAUGCAAGACCACCUGCGGGAAGAGCGGAUUAACCCUGACAAGAUGAUGGAGCAUGUGAAGGAUCUGGCUCACCAGCUGCAUCUCAAUGAGAACCCCAACCCCCAGCCGUAUGUCCAGAAGGUGCCCAAGCCAACAGAAGGAGCAUACGCCCGCAUCCACCAGCCUCCAUUCCAGACCCUCAACGCCAACACAGUGCACGACAUCAUCGACGAGGGCCUUGCCAAGCACAGUAUUAAGUCCAAGUUGGCCAACGUUCGUCCACACCAGUGUAGGAUUGUGCCGAUGGGCAUGCCAAUCACAGCUCUAGCGGACAAGCAGCGGAUGGUGGAGAACAAUGCACGCAGGCUGGAGGUGCUCAGGAACUGUGUCAACUUCAUCUUCGAAAACAAGAUCUCAGAUGCUAGAAUUAUAUUCCCGGCAGUGUUGCGAGCAUUGAAGAGUCGCGUAGCACGGCUGGCACUGACACAGGAGUUGAACUACCACGUGCAGUCUAACCGGGCCAUGUUGGAGAAUCAGCAGUUCGACCUGGUUGUUAAGCUUCUGAACUGUGCUCUACAGAACGACACAAACCUGGACGAGAGUGGAGUAGCCGCUGCCAUGGUGCCGCUUGUUACAGCCUUCUGUCGAAAACUGUGUACGGGAGUGCUGCAGUUCGCCUACACUUGUGUGCAGGACCAUGCAGUGUGGGCAAACCUACAGUUCUGGGAGCAGGCCUUCUACCAGGACGUACAGAAGCAGAUCCGACAGCUGUACCUACCACAGUACGAGGAGCACCUGGUGGUCAAUGUCAGUCGGGAGGGGUCCCGCAGUCCCUCGACACCCAGAGAGAGUGGGGACUCACUGAGCAGUUGGAGCAGAUCGUCAUCAACAACUUCAGACUCUCGGCGGUCUGGUGCCACGUACAAGACACGGGAGAUUGGAGCGCUGGAGAUAGCAGCAGAACAGCUGCGUAUCUACACAACCCUGAACAAGAUGACCCAGCAGGAGCUGAUCAAUAAUGAGGAGUCGACAGUGUACAGCCAGGCUAUCCACUACGCCAACAGGAUGGUGUUCCUGCGAGUGCCGCUCGACGUCAGUCGGUCGCUGAAGAACACCCAGGGCCUGGACGGCGAGAGCAACAGCAAUAGCAACAUCACAGCCAGUAUUGCUGAGAGUGACAGUUUUGAUGCCGAGAGUGGGUUUGAUGAGACCGAGACAGUAGACGUGGGCUCCACAGUUGUGAGGUUCGUGACGAGGUUUGUGGACAAAGUCUGCGCAGAGGGAGGUGUCACACAGGAACACAUCAAGUCCCUGCAUCAAAUGGUUCCAGGUGUGGUGGCCAUGCAUAUAGAGACCCUGGAGAAUGUCCACAAGGAGAGCAAGAGGCUGCCACCAAUACAGAAGCCGAAGAUCCUCACUCCAUCUCUACUCCCGGGAGAGGAGGUUGUGAUGGAGGGGCUGCGCGUGUAUCUUCUGCCAGACGGGCGUGAGGAGGGGCUUGGGGCAUACAUGGGAGGACCCACUCUACUGCCAGCAGAGGGCGCUGUUUUCCUCACCACCUACAGGAUCAUCUUCAAGGGCACACCAUGUGAUCCUCUGUCAUGUGAGCAGAUCGUGAUCCGGUCAUUCCCGGUGGCCACUUUAACGAAGGAGAAGAAGAUCAGUGUUCAGUACCUGCCUCACCUAGACCAGUGGCUGCAGGAAGGACUUCAGCUCAGGUCCAAUGUGUUCCAGUUGCUGAAGAUUGCAUUUGAUGAGGAGGUUGGGUCCGAUAAUGUCGAGACUUUCAGGAAGCUGGUGAUUAAGAUCCGCAAUCCACCAAGUGUGUUCAACACCUUUGCGUUCACUGGUCACAUGAUCCAGCAGGCCACCCCUCUACGUAAACAGAAGGAGAAGAACGCCUCACUCAGGCAAUUUGCCAAGAGAACCCUUCUGAAGACUGCAAGAAAAGCUGGGCUGAAAUCCAAGCAGUCAAACAGGAAGACGAAGUAUGUGUUGCCGACCCCACCAUUGCCGAGACGGAACAUAUCUCCACGGUCAUCAGACAGCGAGUCAGAACGCCCCAACAGCGAAGCAUUCGAUGAUCUCUCCAUUAUUGACGAGGGUGAGUUUGUCACGUCACUCUCUAGUGAUCCCAAGAAUCUGGAGCGUCUGGUGGAGAAGACCGGUUACCAGGACUACCAGCGUCUCGGCCUCGGCAACCUGUCGACAAUCGGACAGAAGUCACGCUCAGAACCAUUCAGGAUAUCAGUAGUUAAUGCCAACUACUCUGUGUGUAGAAGUUACCCUGCCUUACUGGUCGUACCUCAAGUUGUUGCUGAUGAAAGUAUACGAAAGUUUGCCCGCUGUCAUCGGCAGUCUAGGUUUCCUGUGAUAACAUGGCGGCACCCGCGAACGAAAGCAUUACUGCUGCGUGCAUCUGGUCUACAUAGUCGGGGUCUCAUGGGCAUGCUCAGACACAACCAAACAUCAGGUACUUCAAGCGGGGAAACCUCCUCAAGUUUAGAACAAGAAAAAUAUUUUUCGGCUCUGGUGGCAGCCACACCGAGCAGCAACCGAUCUUACCACUCGUCAUACAGCGACUCCCUCACUAGCCUGGACUCGCUGAUGAUGGUGGGCACAGACACUCUGACAAUCCCAGAAACCCCCGAUCCCUUACGGCGCAGUAUCUUCAGCAAGGGCAGCACCGCCAACAGGGGCAGCACCAGCGGCAAACCAAAGCCUACAUUGGAAGAUGAAUUUGACUCGCAAGAUCAGCCGGUGAUGAGGGGCGUUAGACGCGGGUCGUUUGUGCAGACUAUGAAUCGCCUGCGAGCUAGCAUCGGCAAAGGCAGCAUUGGUUUCGGAAGUAGUAACACGUCUCUAAACAGGAUUGGAAGUCUGCGGGAGAAAUCUCGCUUCAGCUCUCCAGACACAAGGUCGCGUGCACAAAAUGGCAGCUUAGAUCACCGUGGUGAUCUCAUCAACAGCUCUGUGCAGGGUCUUCACCGAGUGUCCCUUUACGUGCUAGGGGAGAAAACCCAGAUGAAGGGCAUCAAGAUGGAGUCGUUUCAGAAGUGUGACUUCAUCCCGUUGGACUUCUUCGAGGUGCGCCACGUGAAGGCCAGCUUCAAGAAGUUGAUGCGUGCUUGUGUUCCAAGCAGCCUGUCACCAGAGGCCAACUUCUACAAAGCUGUGGAGGAGUCCGAGUGGCUGCUGCAGAUCCAGAAUGUGAUGCAGCUGGCGGGGGCCACAGUGGACCUGCUGGACGUACAGGGAUCCUCCGUCAUGAUCUGUCUGGAGGACGGCUGGGACGUCACUUCACAGGUGGUGGCAGUGGCGGAGAUCCUGCUGGACCCACACUAUAGGACAAUCGAGGGGUUCAAGGCUCUGGUGGAGAAGGAGUGGCUGUCUUUCGGUCAUCGCUUCACACACCGCAGCAACCAAACAGCUGCCAACCAGGCUAGCGGUUUCGCCCCGGUCUUCCUUCAGUUCCUGGACGUAGUGCAUCAGAUUCACCGCCAGUUCCCCUUGUCCUUUGAGUUCAACCAGCACUUCCUCAAGGUUGUGGCGUAUCAUUAUGUCUCCAACCGAUUCCGAACAUUCAUGUUGGACAAUGAGUUUGAGCGUGUGGAGGCGGGCUGGCUCCAUGAAGAUAAACGUCCCUCCAAGGUGGAUGAUGGGGAGGAGGACUUAGGCGGCUUCUCCCCCAAACACACGGCCAACACAAGUGUUGGCGGGUCCAUCUGGGACUACAUCGAGAAGCAGCACAGACGAUCAGCCACUUUCUAUAACUUCAUGUACAGCCCGAAGAUGGAGACACGGUGCUACGUCCUUACUCCAACAUCUCCAACCUUCGCAUCUGGGACUACUACCUGGCUGAGGAUCUCGCACACGGCCCCACCUUUGACAUGGAGGUCGUAACCAAGGAGAUCCGGCAGAAUGAGGACCAGGAAGCAGAGGCCAUGGGCAUCUCUCGGAGGAAGAUCCUAAAUGCCUGCUACGAUAGUAUCAUGCUUCAAGAACCCAACUACUUUCAUGGACAGUUCC